CGUUUCGGGCACUUAGACGCUGCCAGGUUAACCCCGGCCGUUCGUCCGGUCUGUCUCCCAGAGCUCUUAGCGAGAGCGAGCAUUGCGCGUAGUGUCGUCUGGUGUCGUUUAUCUGUUACGGUCGCACGUUACUAAUGGAUCUCGAUCAGGCCACCUCCCAGCAAAUAUCCAACCCGGAGAAACGAGCCAAGGAGAACAGCAGUGCGGCCGGGAAUCAUGGAGAUUCCCAUUUAAAUGGCAUGUCCAAUGGGUAUGACCACAAAAAAGAGCACAAGUCUGAGCAUAGGGACAGGGAUAAAGAGCGCCCACACAAAUCCGAGCACAAAGAUAAAGAUAGAAGUAAGGACAAGGACAAAGAGCGUAGUCACAAAAGUGAACAUAGGGACAAGGAUCGGCAUAAGCACAGUUCCGGUUCCUCCAAGGAUAAAGACAAGCAUAGUAGCAGGGAUAAAGACAAAACUAAGGAAUCUGAAAAAGAAAAGAAAAGUAGUUCUUCCUCUAGCCGGGAUAAAGAUCAUAAAAGUAGUUCAACCUCAAGCAAAGACAAGGACAGGGACCAUCACAAGUCAAGUUCCACUUCGAAGGAUAAAGAAAGUUCGCGAGAGAAGGAUAAGCACAAGUCAAGCUCAAGUUCUAGCUCUCGGGACAAGGAUAAAACAUCUUCUAAGGAUAAGGACAAAGAUAGAAAGCAUUCUUCUGAUAAAGACAAGGAUCGGCAUAGUUCCUCACAUUCAACUACUGAAAAAGACAAACAUCGGUCAUCAGAUAAAGACAAGCAUAGCUCGGCUGACAAGGAGAAGCAUCGCCACGAUAAGGAUAAGGAUAAGGACAAAGACAAGGAUCGUCGUCGUCAAGACAAAGAAAGAUCUAAACACAGAGAUGAGAAGAAAGAUAAAAUCAAAGAUGAGACAAAGAUUAAAGUGGAACCAAAAACCGAGCCUGAGGUGGUUCCUAAUCCAGAACCAGUGGUGAACCAAGAUUAUCAGUAUCAAGUUGACCCUGUCAAGCAUCAGGUAAAAGAGACCUUUGAUGAUGAUGAUGAUGAUGACGACGAUGAUAGUGGAGAGGAGCAGCCUCUUUAUAUUAAAGAGGAGGAUGAAGGCGAGGAAGAGUGGAAUAAAGAUGCAACUAUGGAUUCGACAGAUGCUAAUGACACAAGACUUUCUGAUCUCCACAACACUACUAUUAAAACUGAGGAGGAGUCUGAAGAGGAUGUGCCUCUGUGGAAAGACGGCCUUCACUCUGGCAACCGGAACAAACCAUCCUUGGCGAAUGUUAGAACAAACACCUCAUCAUCGAUGAUAAAAAGGAAAAUGGAAUCAUCCGACGAGGAAGAUAUCCCUCUUUUGUCUCGCAAGAAGGUAAAAAAAGAAUCUGCAAAGUUGAAGAAGAAAAAGAGGAAACAUGCAGAUGACGAAGAGGAAGAAGAGAAUGACUAUAAACAGACCAAAGUAAAAAAGAAGGCCAACAAAACUGUAAAAUCAGAAACGUCACCCAGAAAAAAGAAAGAGGAGGAACCACAGGAAGUCUGGAAAUGGUGGGAGGAAGAAAAGAAAAAUGAUAGAACAAAAUGGAACUUCUUAGAACACAAGGGUCCUGUAUUUGCGCCGGAUUACGAACCACUGCCACAUGAUGUGAAAUUUUAUUAUAAUGGCAAGGAGAUGAAAUUGAAACCAGAAACUGAGGAAGUGGCAACUUUCUAUGCACGAAUGUUAGAUCACGACUACACAACCAAGAAGAUAUUCAACACCAACUUCUUCACCGACUGGCGAGAUGUGAUGACUGAAUCUGAGAGGUCCAAAAUAAUGGAUUUGUCAAAGUGUAACUUCAAAGAAAUGCAUGCGUAUUUUCUACAGAAAAGCGAAGAGCGGAAAGCAAUGUCCAAGGAAGAGAAAAAGAAAAUUAAGGAACAAAAUGAGGAAAUUCAAAAAGAAUAUGGGUUUUGCACCAUUGACGGUCACAAAGAAAAAAUAGGCAACUUCAAGAUAGAACCACCAGGUCUGUUCAGGGGCCGUGGUGAGCAUCCUAAAAUGGGAAAGCUGAAAAAACGGGUGACUCCAGAAGAUGUGUUGAUUAACUGUUCCAAGGACUCUGUGAUUCCGAAACCUCCACCUGGACAUAAAUGGCGAGAAGUCAGGCACGAUCCUAAUGUAACGUGGUUGGCAUCAUGGACAGAAAAUGUACAAGGCCAGGUGAAAUACGUUAUGUUGAAUCCUUCAAGUAAAUUGAAAGGAGAAAAAGACUGGCAGAAGUAUGAAAUUGCCCGAAAACUAGCACAGUCAAUUGAUAAAAUCCGGGCUGAAUAUCGGGAGGACUGGAAGAGCAAAGAAAUGCGCAUCAGACAAAGAGCUGUUGCCUUGUACUUUAUAGACAAGCUAGCUCUCAGGGCUGGAAAUGAAAAGGACGAGGACCAGGCAGAUACAGUAGGCUGUUGUUCUCUGCGAGUUGAACACAUUUCUCUACAUGAGCAUAAAGAUGGCAAAGACUUUGUAGUAGUGUUUGAUUUUCUGGGAAAAGAUUCAAUCAGGUAUUACAAUGAAGUACCUGUGGAGAAACGUGUUUUCAAAAAUCUGCAACUUUUUAUGGAAAAUAAGUCACCUGGUGAUGAUCUUUUCGAUCGCUUGAACACUACAGUCAUGAACAAACACUUGAACGAACUAAUGGAGGGCCUUACUGCUAAAGUGUUCAGAACUUACAACGCGUCUUGGACGCUACAGCAACAGCUUGAAAAAUUAACGAAUGCUGACGAUACGGUGGCUGAAAAAAUAUUAGCGUAUAAUAGAGCGAACAGGGCCGUAGCUAUUUUGUGUAACCAUCAACGGGCUGUCCCAAAAACCCAUGCCAAGUCAAUGGAAAAUCUAAAGGCAAAGAUUGUAGCCAAGAAAGAAGCUAUAAGCGAAGCAGAGAUGCAGGUCAAAGAUGCAAAACGUGAUGCCAAACAUGGCUCUGUAAAGGAGAAAGUGGUAUAUGAAAAGAAGAAGAAAACGUUAGAUCGACUUAGAGAACAGUUGGCUAGACUGGAAGUCCAAGCUACAGACCGAGAGGAAAAUAAAGAAAUCGCUCUAGGAACAUCCAAGCUAAACUAUUUGGACCCUCGGAUUAGUGUCGCGUGGUGCAAGAAAUAUGAUGUUCCAAUUGAAAAAAUCUACAACAAGACUCAGAGAGACAAGUUCAGGUGGGCUAUAGACAUGGCCGGUCCAGAAUACAUCUUUUAACCCCGGAAUGAAUGUUGAUGUUUACCGUGUCCCUACCCUGUUGGGAAAUCGAAUUCUACCAACUCAACAGCAUUGCAGUUCUUAGUGAAUUUUAUUUUAGUAAAACGCGAGAAUACAUACUUUUUUACGUUCACAAUCACAAACAUCCAUCUUGAUACAUUAUGUGUUACGGUAACAAAUCACAUAGCUGGUGUACUGAACUUCAACUUAGAGAAUUUAUACAUAUGUAAUGUAAUUAGUACGCUAAUUAUACAUUUUUAGUCGACACGGGUCCACAGCAAUAUAUCCGCAGAACGUAACUAAUGAAAGAUAUUAUGCAUGUGUUCGACUUCAUAUUCUGCUCGUCAUUGGGUUUAAAAAACCAAUAGGUACUUACAGAUCUAUACUCAAUACGAUCAUGCAUAGAAUAAUUGAAACACGCUACGGAAUCUGAAAACAUUCCACAGGGUUCGGUGUCGGCCGUAUUGGAGAAACCAGUGUCGACCCGUGUCUUCUACUCAUUAGUUAUUCAAAGUACAUACAUAAUAAUUAAUCGCUCUACCGAUGAAUUCCAUUGGUGUGCUGCUGCUGCUGCAAAACAAUCGAGGUCACGCAGCAACUUCUGAAAUUUAGGUUUGAUCCUUAGGUUUAAUCAAAACCUAAUCUUAACCUUAACUAAUUUAGACAAAAUUUUAUGUGAGUGUGCAUUAGACGAAUAUAUAGUGUAAAUAAGAAGUGAUCUGCAUUAAGAUUCUUUGUAUUGUACUUGUAUUAUAACAAUCAAGACACAUCGAUUACUUGAAAGCGUCUGUUUCUUGACGUAUGAACGUAGGUCAAUUAUAUUUCUUAUCAGUCUUUUUCAUCAUAUUGAUGCCGUUGCUUUUUCAUACUGCAGCUUCAAGGACCCUCCUUUAAAAUUUGAUACCUACAAUUUACACGAAGCUGCGUUCAUUCGUUGAUUACGGGGGUGGCCAGAUGCGGAUAUAAAAUUAACGAAUUACGGAGAAAAUUAAAGACAGUAACACAAUA